AUGUCUACACCGGAGCAAGAUACGCUCCAACAUAAAUUUAGCAAAUCUGGACGUAUACCACCUCCACUACCAUCAAAAUAUAGAAAACCUCGGUCUCAUUCACUUAGUUCUGAUCUAGAUCAACAACAUGAGUCAUCAAGUGAUGAAACAGCACAUGAAACACCCUUGGAUAAACUUGAUUUUGCUGGAAUUCGAAAAAAAUUCGAAAAUCCCAAAACUCCUGAAGUAUCUCAACCACAGAUUUAUAAAAAAAGACCAUCCAUACCAAUAACACCAAUUAUUCAAACAAAUAUUUCACCUUCACCAUCCCCUUCUUCGAUGUCAUCAAUUUUUACAACAUAUUUCAAACAACAAAAUGAAACAACUACUACUCAAACAACACCUGUCAGACAAUCCGUAUUUUCAAAAGGAAAAUCAUCAUCACCAACUCCAUUCUCGGAUGCAUCUACUACAAUAAUUAAAAAAAUUUUUCGUUCAUCAAUGAAUAGUAUGGGUAAAAAUGGAAUAAAUUCAUCUGCUGAAGAACAAGAUCGUCCAUUGUCACCAUCAUUAAAAUCACCUGAUUCUUUACUACAAUCGGGGAAUGGUAAUAAUGAACAUCCGAAAUCAGUUCGAAAAAUUCGUGAAUUUUUCGAUGUUUACAAGAAUCCUCAUGUUUAUCAACCAUUAGUAUCGAAUCGUCAUUCUCAACCAGUACAUAAAUCAAAUUCAUCUGGUUUAACAACGAAUUCUUGUCAACCUCCACCACGUCCACCACCUCGUCCAGAAAACUAUCUUACAUCUCAAAUAUCCGAUUGGAAUUCCGUUCCAUCAAUUGAUACAACUGAUAGUAUAGCCGGUGAUUCUAGUCUUUCAUCAAAUCCAAAUUUAAGUCGAUGUAAUUCAUCUGAUGCAUCAUUCAGUGAUGAAGAAGAAAAUUAUGAAGCUGAACGACAAACCAAAUUACGUCGAUGUAUUGAAGAAGUUCAUACUACUGAAAAAACUUAUGUGAAUAUUCUCUAUGUGCUUUCCGUUAAAAUUUCUGCUGAAAUUAAAAAUACAUGUGAUAAAGAUGAGAAUCUUAUACUAACAUUUAAUAAUACAUAUAAACCUCUACUUGCCACUAUACAACAAAUAUAUCAAUUACAUUAUAAAUUCAUUUUACCUGAAAUUGAAGAAUAUAUCACUGGUCAAUGUACUGGUAAUAUGUGGUCAGUAUUAGAAAAAAAUUUUAAAGUUAUUGAAGUAUUAUAUAAAAAUUAUUAUGUUACAUAUUGUGAUAUUCAAGGAAAAUUAGAUGACUUAUGUAAAAAUUAUCCAUUAAUUAAUGAUGCUAUGGUUAAAUGUCAAGCUCAUCUUGGUAAUUUAUAUCCAAUUACUCAACUUAAUUGUCCAAAUCAACGUUUACUUCGUUAUAUUCUUUGUAUGAAAACUUAUAUGAAAUAUCUUGAUGAAAGUUCUGCUGAAUAUAAACAUACACGUUCUAUACAUGAUGAACUUGAUCGUAUGGCUGGACGAUGUGAACAAGAAUUAGUUGUGUCAGCAUCACAAUUAACUGAAUUAAAAGAACGUCUUGAUAAUAAAUUUGAAUGUAUUAAAGAUCAUCGUAAACUUCUAUGGCAUGGUUUAAUUAAAAAAGUAUCUCCACGUCGUCAUAAUGAUGUUGCACAACGUUAUAUGAUAUUAUUUUCGGAUUGUAUACUUGUAUGUAAUGAAGAAUCAGGACGUAAACUCGAUAUAAAACGUGAAUUAUCACUGAGAGCUAUAACUAUUGAUGUUUUACAAAAUAGACGACCAUUAACAAUACCAAAUAUUGAUCAACAAAAUAAUGGAAUUAUAUAUUAUCCAUUUCGUGUUAAUGCUGUAGAAAAAUCCUAUGAAUUUUUAGCUGAAAAAGAAUCUGAUCGAGAACUUUGGGUGAAAAAAAUUCGACAAGCUAGUGAAGAAUAUAAUAGACGAAAUUCAAUAAUUGAAAUUCGUCAAUCACUUAAUCAGCCUGACGAACACCAACUUGGUACACGUGCUCCUGUAUGGAUUAAUGAUCUUGAUGUAACACGUUGUCAAAAUUGUAAUAAUCGUUUUCGUACAACAAUUAUUUUAUCACGACGACAUCAUUGUCGUUGUUGUGGACGAUGCGUAUGUGGCUCAUGUUCAACAAAAAAAUUACUUCUUGAAUAUUGUAAAAAUGAUGAAGUACGUGUUUGUGAUACAUGUUAUACACAUUUUACUGGUACAGAGCCAAAUAAAAAUUCAAGUAUAUGGCCAAAAUCAACACGUGAUAUGGAUCGAACUAUACUUUUUGGUGAUUUUCGUACGGUUAAUUCAGGUACAAAUAUUUGGAUUGCUUUACAAGAAGAUUAUCAAUUACAUAUAUAUGGUGCUAAACUUGAUCAAGCUGAAGAAUAUUCUAUCAUACUUUCUAAUCUAAUUGAAUUACAACUUGAAUCUGAAACACGAAUAUUUACAUUACGUGAAACAACUAAAACACAUAUAUUUGCUAUUGAUUCAAGUCAUCAAAUAGUAUAUCAAAAGCAUGAUUUAAUUGAUGAAAAACUCAAAAAUUCCGAUAAUAAGUUAGCAUUUUAUGCUGAUUUAUGGCUUGAAGCAAUGCAAUUAGCUCGUUCAACAACACUACCUGAUUGGUAUACAAGAAAACGUGAUUCUUCUGAUAGUGGCGUGAGCAUUGUUGGUUAA